GCUUGCUUGCAGACAAUGGAGACCAGACCACCGAAUUCCGAAUCUCCCACUCCUCAUCUUCUCCGCUCGACCCCUAUAAAUUUCCUUCCCAAAUCAUCCCCGUUCUCUCCAUGCCAAUCUCACCGACACUCGCCUCGCACCGGUUCAGUGGCCGUGCGUCCCCUCUACCCGCCGGAUCUAGCAGCCGGCCGGGUGGGGCAUCCACGUCGUGCAGGAGAUCCAGCUGCUCGCGCCCAUCGCCACACCCCCUUUCCUGUAUCCGUGCAAACCGAACAAGGCAGAGAGAGCAAGCGCCCGCACCAGACCGACGACAUGUGGCGGGGGUCGCUGCUGCUGCUGCUGCUGCUGCUCGCAGCGGCCGCGGCCGCUGAACCGGCGUCCACGCUCAUGGGCGCGUCGCAUGAAGACAGGGGCCACGCGAUGGUCCUGCCGGAGACAGGGCCCCCGGUGCAGCGGUGGGCAACGGGUGUUAGUUUUAAUCCUUACUAUUUAUGCAUCUGCAUAUGUAUUUUGGCUUUGCACCUAGGUUAGAUGGUGAUUGAGUAGUUUGCCUUGUGGAUGUACCCGAGUAGGAGUUCUGUUUCACCAGAGGUGCAAAGCGUGAGUGACAUCAAUCAGGAAGGUUGGCCUGUGUCUGUGUGGUACUUCCAAAGUUGUAAGCAUAUUUGUUUUAACAAGAGGAAAACGUCGUGUGUGCAUGGCAAA